UGUUAAAUUUGCAGCGCAAGUGCAAUGGAAGAGCGGUCAAUGGGGGACGUCAUAGGCGAGGGCCAAUAAGAGCGCAGGGAUUGGAGCCAGCAAGCGACAACUGUUAUUUCACCAGCGACAGGCUGACAUUACCGGCUCGUCUCACAACAGCAACCUUUUGCUUGUGGUAGCAACAAGUCACCAUCAUGACUAAAGGUACAGUGGUGCUGGCCUACAGCGGCGGACUGGACACAUCCUGUAUUCUGGUGUGGCUCAAAGAGCAGGGUUACGAUGUCAUUGCUUACAUGGCUAAUAUUGGACAAGAUGAGGACUUUGAAACUGCUCGCAAAAAGGCUGAAAACCUUGGUGCCAAAAAGGUAUGCAUCGAAGACCUUCGCAUCGAGUUCGUGGAGGACUUCAUCUUGCCCGCUGUCCAGGCCAACGCCGUCUACGAGGACCGGUACCUGCUGGGCACCGCGCUGGCUCGGCCCUGCAUCGCCCGGCGCCAGAUUGAGAUUGCGCGGCGGGAGGGAGCCCAGUAUGUGUCGCACGGUGCCACGGGAAAGGGCAAUGACCAGAUCCGUUUUGAGCUGGCUUUCUACGCCCUCUAUCCUGGGGUUAAGAUUAUUGCACCCUGGAGGAUUCCUGACUUCUACAACCGUUUCCGAGGCAGAACAGACCUGAUGGCAUACGCACAGAAACACGGCAUCCCUUUGCCUGUCACUCCAUGGGCCCCCUGGAGUAUGGACGCCAACCUUAUGCAUAUCAGCUAUGAGUCCGGCAUCCUGGAAAACCCUAAGAACCACGCUCCAACUGACCUCUAUCAAAUGACCAAGAACCCAGAAGACUCCCCCUCCUCUCCUGACGUCCUGGAGCUGGAGUUCAAAAACGGAAUCCCUGUCAAGGUGAUCAGUGAGAAGCAAGGAAUAUGCAAAGACACCCCUUUGGAUAUAUUUUUAUUUCUAAAUGAGAUUGGAUCAAAGCACGGAGUGGGUCGCAUCGACAUUGUGGAGAACCGUUUCAUCGGCAUGAAGUCCCGAGGGAUUUAUGAAACUCCUGGAGGUACCAUCCUGUUGGAGGCUCAUCUUGACAUGGAGACAUUCACCAUGGAUAAGGAGGUGCGCAAAAUCAAGCAGGGGCUUGGGAUCAAGUUCUCUGAACUCGUCUACAACGGAUUCUGGUACAGUCCAGAGUUUGACUUUGUGCGCAACUGUAUAACCAAGUCCCAGGAGAAUAUUGAAGGCAAAGUGCAGCUGUCCGUCUUCAAGGGCCAGGUCUACAUCCUGGGUCGAGAGUCGCCUAAGUCUCUGUACAAUGAAGAGCUGGUCAGCAUGGACGUGCAGGGGGACUACGACCCGUGCGAUGCCUCGGGAUUCAUCAGGAUCAACGCUGUCAGGCUCAAGGAGCAUCAGCGUCUGCAGGGCCUGUCCAGCACCAUGAAGUGAACAUACGAAGGAGCUACACUACAAUUUGAAGUACCAUCUCUAAAAUAUUGACAAUAUUUGAGAUGUGUUUAUUCCAUUUUAGUGCAACGUAAUGUGUUUGAAAUUAGGCCACGAUGCAGUGUUCUUGAUGGAGGCUACUGUGUUCUUAUCGUUAUUGAAAAUAAUGGUAAUAAUGACAAAUAAAAGCCAAAAUAAGUGCUUUA